AUGCUCGCGCUCCGCGGGCGUGCAUCCUGCCGGGCAUGGGCGGCCGUGGCGGUCGCGUUCUGCUUCUCCGCCUGGUUCGGGGCCGUGACGAGUGUCUCCUUCAGCGCAAACUUUCUCAACUCGAACGCCAUCAAGAACCAGCCCUCCGGCGGCGCCGUGCAGGCGGCCGGCUCUUCGCCCAACGGCGCGGCGCCCGGGAACCCGGCGCUGCACGACGGCAGCAAUAAACGCCCAGCCGGAGAUUCACAGCAGCUUGCCUUCUGCGCCGAGGACGAGGACUGCAACGCCGACGAGUUUUGCUCCGCCCCUGCCCGCGGGGGCGUCUCCGGAGGAGGAGGACUGGUCUGCCUGACCUGCCGCAGACGCCGCAAGCGCUGCUUCCGCGACGCCAUGUGCUGCUUGGGCAGCUUUUGCAACAACGGUAUGUGUGCAGACACUGAUCGUUUUCAUCCUGGGAAGAUUGAAGAGAUCAUCAUAGAAAAUUUUGACCAUGGUACUUUGGACACCCAUCUGAAAAGGACCACGACUUCGUCCCAAUUGUACCAUCUAAAAGGCCAAGAAGGAGCUGUGUGCCUCCGCUCUUCGGACUGCGCUGAAGGACUGUGUUGCGCCCGUCACUUCUGGUCCAAGAUUUGCAAACCUGUCCUUAAGGAAGGUCAGGUGUGUACAAAGCACCACAAAAAAGGCGCUCAUGGUUUGGAACUCUUCCAGAGAUGUUACUGUGGGGAUGGAUUGAUCUGUCGACUGCAAAGAGAUCACACCAUCAGCAACUCUUCAAGACUACAUACUUGCCAGAGACAUUAGCUGUGGUGGUUUUCUUCUAAACCUGAUGGACUUGAGGGACUUUAAUGAGUAUAGGAUGCUCUUGUUAAAGAAAAUCACCUUGAAAGACUGACAAACUUCAGAGUUUACACUAAAGUACUCUGGCAACUCUCUCUCUCUGCAAGUGGAGUACAAGGCAUGUUUCUUUCAGAAACUAUUUUUCAAGUGACUAAUUGCAGUAAAUUACUGUGUCUGUAAAUUCUUGGGUGUGGCACUUAACUGUACACUGUACGGAAUUUUAAUUUUUCCCAAAGUGCUGCAUGAUGUCUAUUCUGACAUGCGUUAUACA